AUGGUAUCGCAGCCGUUGAAUUGCACCCAAGAGCUAGCCUCGAGUGACGGUGACAAUGAUUCGAGACGCUGCGCGUUUAAACGAUAUGCCGAGGGACUCGAGGUCCAUUCGACCCUCAAUAUCACCGUGUCAGAUCCCCAGCAGGUCUUCGACCGGAUCAAGCAGGCCUCGGACCAGCAGCACGUCGAUUUCAACGAGACGAUUGUGAUGAACUUCACGAACCCUAUCAGCAGUGGCUAUUCAGUGAAUUUUACUGGUUAUUGGGGAUUCACGCCUUUUCAACGAUGUUUCGAAGGCAUUCUCCUCGACUGCGACGGCGACGACGCAGCUGCGAACGCAACUACCUUCAAGGCGUGCGGGCUGCAGAUCCUGACGCUGAGCGAUGACCCCGGCCGGAUACAAUACGAUGGCGUAAUCGCGGGCGUGCAGUGGGUGGGCGAUUACAGCAAAUACGCUAACAUGACGGAGCCGCAGCCGAGAUACGACGAUGUCAAGGGCAAUGCGACGUACUUCGAGAACGGAGGCAGGGUGGGUGCUACGAGCUUUGCUGGGGCAUGGGGCGGAGCUACGGCAGCUGUAAUGUGGUUGAUGUGGUGGUCUAUUGUAUAA